UGAGGGCACAGAUGGAAGCCAAGCCCUGGUAGGUGCUCAAGCAGGUGCAGCAGAAAGCUAGAGUCAGAGAGGCAGCUGAAGGACAAGAUUGAGUGUGGGGCCAUUGAGGCUGCUCAGUUGAGAUUGAGAUCAUGGCCCCACUGCCAGGCUCAGCAGCCCAGAGACCAGCUUUUCUUCCUUUAUCUGUAGCCAAAGGGUACUCUGGAGAUGGUCCAGAUCCUGAGGACGUGCUUGCGGUCCUCCAGGAGUCCAUCAGUCUCCCCCUGGAAAUACCAUCCGAUGAAGAGGUUGAGAACAUCAUCUGGUCCUCCCAAGUAAGGCUUGCCACUGUGGUGCCAGGGAAAGAGGGACAUCCAGCCACCAUCAUGGUGACCAACUCUCGCUACCAGGGCCGAGUGAGCUUCCUGGACCCCAGUUACUCCCUGCACAUCAGGAAUGUGACCUGGGAGGACUCGGGGCCUUACCAAGCUCAAGUCAACCUGAGGACAUCCCAGCUCUCCACCAUACAGCGUUACAACCUACGUGUCUACCGACGGCUGUCGGAGCCCCGGAUCACCGUGAACUUUGAGAUGUCUGGGGAAGGUCCCUGUAAUGUGUCCCUGACGUGCUCUGUAGAGAAGGCAGGGCUGGAUGUGACCUACAGCUGGAUAUCCUGGGAGGACGGCGCUGACGCAGCCCAUGAAGGCUCUGUCUUCAGCACAUCCUGGAGGCCUGGGGACAAUGCCCUCUCCUACACCUGCAGGGUCGGAAACCCCAUCAGCAACAUCAGUUCCCGCCUCAUCCCUGCUGGGCCCUUCUGUGCAGAUCCUGGCUACACUUUGGAGAAGGCCUCCCCUUCCUUCUGCCUCCCAGCCAAGGGAUCGCUCUUCCUCUUGCUCUUGAUGACCCUGGCCUUGGGACUCUGGCGCAUCCGAGUCCAGACGAGAUGCAAAAGGCCAAAGAUGAAGAAACUCAGGAGAAAUAGAAUGAAACUGUUAAAGAAGGGGAAGCCUGGUCCCAGCCUGGCCUGAUGAGUCUUUGGGGACCCCUGCCGAGAGCUUUGUUUCUUCCCAGCCCCCAGGGAAUGCUUCCUCACCUCCCAGGGGGCUGAGGGGUGGAUGUCCAAAGGGCCAUACACUCGAGGGAAGGUUGUCUGGCAAUAAAGUCAAAUGAAGUGA